AUGGGUUUCCUUGUAACAACCCUAAUCUUCAUCGUCGUUGGGAUCAUUGCUGCCUUAUGCGCUAGAAUCUGCUGCAACAAAGGUCCCUCCACGAAUCUGCUACAUCUUACCUUGGUCAUGACCGCGACGGUCUGCUGUUGGAUGAUGUGGGCAAUUGUAUAUAUUGCACAGAUGAAUCCACUGAUUGUACCAAUCCUAAGCGAAACAGAGUAG